UUUGUUAUAACUUUGGAGGGAUGACAGGAGCACUCUAAAAUGAAAUUUAGGUUUUUGUGAUGUGUUAUUUGAGAUGUGGUCCUCUACAAUAUUGACACAUGUCAUUCAAAACAACCAUUAGAAGUUAAACAGCUAAAUUAAAGAAAAAAACAAAAUUAUUCUAUCAAUCAUCGUCCUCCUAAGUCAAACUUACCCAGGAAAACAAAGCAAUCUCCAAACUCCAUGGAUGAACAGUUACAUCCUCAAUCAAAUUGGUCAGAAAUCCCACAAGAUAUUCUCCUUAAAAUCUCUAAAUCACUCAAAAUCUACUCAGAUUAUAUCCAUCUUAGAGUAGUUUGCCGCCAUUGGCACACAAUUCUACCUUCAAAACCGCCUAAAACUCUCCCAUGUCAACUCCCAUGGCUUCUUCUUCCUCCUUCAAAUCCCGCCACCGGAAACUCUCAUAGAACCUUCUACAACAUUCUUACUAACAAACUCUACUCCUUAUCAGUUCUAAAAUCUUCUUACCCACGUCGAAUUCUUGGAUCCUCACAUGGGUAUCUAAUCAUCUCUUCUGGUACACCAGAAAUAUUCUGUUUAAACCCUCUUACAAAUUCUAAAGUUCUUCUCCCAUCACUUUCAUCUCUUCCUGGUGUUGUUUCCUUUAGUUUUUCAAACUUAGGAAGAGAAUACUUGAUUCAAGAUCAGUUUACUCAUCAAAUUUACUUUCUUGAUUUGCAGCAAAUGAGAGAUGAUUUCAUAAGAAAACUUGUCCUUUCUUCUCCUCCAAGAGGUGGGUCCCAAUCCCAAUCCCGACCCGAAUCUCCUACAUUGGUGUUUGCCAUAGUAACUUCCUUUCUUACAAAAACAACUGAAUUGGUUUUCUGUACUACCUUAGAUGAUAAAUGGAAUUGGGUUCCUGUUUCAGAUUUUACUGCAGAAGAUGUGAUUUACUGUGAGUCUAAUGGGUUAUUUUAUGCUGUUAAUAAGAAUGGUGAUAUUGGGAGUUUUAAGAUUAGUGUUGGUGGAAUUUGUGAAGUAGUAUCAAUUUGGAAAAGUGUGGAUUUGAUGGGUGGUGAUCUCAAGUAUUUGGUGUUGAUUGAUGAUGAAUUGAUUUUGUUGACUCGAAAUUUGGGGUCGGAAGCUGAUCUGAUAACGUACUGUGAGCUGUAUAAGACAGUUGGGUUCAAAGUGUUUCGGUUUUCCAAGGAUGGAGUUGGUCGGGUGCGUUGGAUGCCAGUGCCGAAUAUUGAGGAUUGGAUGGUGUUUGUUGGGGAGAGUUCAUCAGUGGCAUUAUUGGCAUCGGAUUUUCGUGGGUGUAGAGGGAAUCGUAUCUACUUCACAGAUGAUCAUUCUAAGUGUAAUGAUGUUGGGGUGUUUGAUAUAGGAGAGAAAUGCACCGAGGCAUUAUCUUGUUUUCCAGAUGAUGUAAUUUUGCCUUUGUAUUGGCAGUCACCCAUAUGGAUUACUCCUAAUCCUCACUAGCUGGUUCUACAAUGUCUUCACCCAAAUGCCUUGACUCUCGCCUACUGGGUUUGGGGAUUAAAUGUGUCCAAGUUUAUGCUUGUAAUAACAAAGUGAUUGUUUUUCAGUGAUCCUUAUUGUAAACAUCAUCUGCUAUGCUAUUUCACAUAAAUAAGAAACACACAAUUUAAUUA